GAAUGCCGGCCUUUCCAUGCUAUGCUUCCAGCAAUGUAGGGAGGAUAUUAGCCUUACAGAACACAUGGAAUUGCUGUGGUAUGCAAAACACUGCAAGUUGUCAUUGAAGGGCGAAAUUGCCCCAUGCACGAUUUGUAAGGGACCGAAGUGUGUGGAGUUAGCAGGAGGAGAUUGUGGUCCUCUGCCAGAUGGAUCCAACCGAUCGUAGGGGUAUGUGUGGGGAUGCCCAAUAGAGUAGCCCCUGAGGUUAUCGGAGGAUUGUGCCAUGACGUUGAGGAACAUGUCUUUCCUAAUGCAUCAAAUCAUUCCACCUAGUAUUCGGAAAUACUCGCCAGCCUUUGAUAUAAAGGUCUGGCAAUUUCCUUGUUCCUGAGGUUAUUUCUCAUCCUUUCAUCAUACAAAUCACAGCCAAUACAUGAACCAUCCUGGUUUCCCUUUUAUUAUGUUCACGAACCUUCCUCUAUAAGGUAUCAAUUUCCCCACAGACCCACAUACCUUAGUAGUUUGUGGCAUAUAUUCAACCUUGAAGACGCCAAUCUCUUAGUCAUGGCGUCUGAUGGCUUUUCAGAGAAGGACUUUGGUCCAAGUACUGAGAAGCUUCCUGAUAAGAAAGAUGAAUUAGCCCUACAGGACAGAAGCAUAAGUCCUUCUCGCCAACCUGCACCGCUCCAUGCGGAACAUGCCUCGCAGUCGGACAACAGUAGUGAGGAGCAAGGGAAGAUUGGUGGGGAUGGGAAGCGGGAACUCUUAGAGGACGACUGCUACGACAAGCUGGGAUUCAGCUUCCCCUGGUAUAAGAAAUGGGGUAUCCUUACAGUCAUCUUCACUGUGCAGAUGUCCAUGAACUUUAACAGCAGUGUUUAUCCGAAUGCCGUCACACCCCUGUCGGAACAUUUUCAUGUCAGUGAGCAAGCCGCCCGAGUGGGCCAGAUGAUCUUCUUGGUGGCCUAUGCGUUUGGAUGUGAGCUGUGGGCACCCUGGAGUGAAGAACUCGGCCGAUGGCCUAUUAUGCAGCUCAGUUUGUUCCUGGUCAACAUUUGGCAAAUUCCCUGCGCCCUGGCUCCCAACUUCGGCACCAUUAUCGUCUGCCGCUUCCUUGGUGGCUUGAGCUCAGCGGGCGGUUCAGUCACCUUGGGCAUGACUGCAGACAUGUGGGAGCCUGAUGACCAAGGGUUUGCUGUUGCGUAUGUGGUAUUGUCUUCUGUUGGUGGUACCACAAUCGGUCCCAUCUUUGGUGGAAUGAUCCAGCAGUGGCUGAAAUGGGAGUGGAACUUCUGGAUUCAACUCAUCUUUGGCGGGGUUACACAAUUGGUCCACUUCUUUUUUGUCUCUGAGACCCGUGCGACUAUCCUUAUCGAUCGGGAGGCGAAGCGCCGUCGCAAGACAGGCGAGGAUCCAAACGUUUAUGGACCAAACGAGCUGAAGAAGCCCCGGUUUGAUGCUAAAGAAGUUUUGCGUGUCUGGUCCCGACCCUUUGAGAUGUUCCUGAGGGAACCUAUCGUGCUCUUCCUUUCUCUGCUGUCUGGUUUCUCUGACGCGCUGAUCUUCACCUGCAUUGAGUCUUUCAACCUCGUGUUCAAACAAUGGGGAUUCAACCCUCUCCAGAUUGGGCUCUGCUUCAUCUCCAUCGUGAUUGGCUAUCUUGUCGCGUACGGUAUCUUUCUCCCCGACAUUUGGCGUCAGCGUCAAGUUAGAAAGAGUCACGGCAAUACAGCUCGGCUGGCUGAGCGUCGUCUGCUACUCCUUCUCUUCAUUGCACCACUGGAGACGAUCGGCCUGUUCGGAUUUGCUUGGACAUCAAUGGGUCCGGACUAUACCCAUUGGAUCGUGCCCCUUGUUUUUGUGUUCUUGAUUGCCAUUGCGAACUAUGGAAUUUAUAUGGCAACCAUCGACUACAUGGUCGCCUCCUAUGGGCCGUACUCUGCUUCCGCCACUGGAGGCAACGGCUUUGCUCGUGAUCUUCUCGCAGGGCUGUCCGCCAUGUACGCGACUCCCAUGUACAGCAACAUCGGUGGCAAGUUCCACCUGCAGUGGGCGAGUACGAUUCUCGCCUGUCUGUCCAUUCUAGUGACCGUUCCCAUCUACAUAUUCUACUGGAAGGGCCCUGAAAUCCGAGCACGCAGCAAAUUUGCUCAGACCCUAGAGGCCGACCGCGCACAGCAUGCAGGACGCCGGGCUAGUCGCCUCAGCGCGGAGGAGAAGCCAUAUUUGGCCUAAAAGUCUUUCACUUGACUCUCGAGCAUCUCUGCAUUCUAAGUUGUAUUUAUAUUGAUAUUACUUUAUUUCUACAUUGUCAUUAACCCAUUCUGUUCAACGAUCUUUGGAUCCGACUUCUGGUGUGAGUCUUGACCGGGGGAUCGGUCUGCAUGACUGAUGGACUACUUGACUAUAACAGUUUAGAUACCCAAUCCUGAUACUAUCUUUUGGAUACCAUUUGAGCAUACCGUGUAUAGAAACUAUCGCCUCUUGUGCAGUAGAUGAA